AGGAAGUCCAGUAAAGGGAAGGAGAAGAAGCAGAAACGGUUGGAGGAGCGGGCAGCCAUGGAUGCUGUCUGUGCCAAGGUUGAGGCGGCAAAUAAACUGGGAGACCCCUUAGAAGCUUUUCCUGUCUUCAAGAAAUACGACAGAAACGGACUGAACGUUUCCAUCGAGUGCAAACGCGUCUCCAGUUUGGAACCGGCUACCCUCGACUGGGCCUUUGAGCUGACCAAAACGAACAUGCAGACCUUGUAUGAGCAGAGCGAGUGGGGAUGGAAAGACCGGGAAAAACGGGAUGAAAUGACCGACGACAGGGCUUGGUACUUAAUCGCUUUGGAGAACGGCUCCCUUCCUGUGGCCUUCUCGCAUUUCCGCUUUGACGUCGAAUACGGAGAGGAGGUUCUCUAUUGCUAUGAAAUACAGCUAGAAAGCAAAGCGAGAAGGAAAGGCCUCGGCAAGUUCCUCAUUCAGAUCCUGCAGCUUGUGGCAAACAGCACACAGAUGAAAAAAGUCAUGCUAACAGUCUUCAAACAUAACCACGGAGCCAACCACUUCUUCAGGGAAGCUUUACAAUUUGAAAUAGACGAUACCUCACCGAGCAUGUCCGGCUGCUGUGGGGAAGACUGCUCCUACGAGAUCCUCAGCCGGAGGACCAAAUUUGGGGAGAGCCAGCAGGCUCACUUGGGCACGCCGUGCGGAGGCUGCUGCCAUUGAGGUGCUCCUUCCGCGCCUUCCGAAAUAACCCGCCCAACGUAAGCGUGCCUUCCUCGUGGCUCCUCUUGACCUGUUCCUCCCCGGCCUCUCCGAUUCUUGCUGCAUUCUCAAGUCAAGAAGAACAGAACUCCAGGGGUUACAUCCCGGAUCCCGGGAUCAAGAGAUCUUCCUCCCUAUCGGAGGUCCUUUAAAUCAAAGCCGAGAGACCUACCUUUAGGCCCGAUCUUGCUUUACCUGCAGCUUUUGAACCGAAGGUGGGAAUCUGCGGGGUGUUUUUUCCCCCUCCCUCUCUUUUUCUUUUCCCACGAAAAAUUGGCCGGGUUUCCUGCCUAAAGGCCUUGGCAAGAAUUAGUGAGCCUUUCUCUGCAGAUGAAGGAUAGACUUUGGGGAUGGCUGAUCAAAUUAUUGUCUUUGAAUAAUUUGCAACUCUGGGUUUAUAAUUUUGUGGGAGAAUUGGAGCAGGUUUUAAAAAGAACGUACUUCUCUGAACCAAAUCCUUGGGAAGAUGAUCUUUAGGUGUGUGUAUCAAAGCAAUUCUGGUUGUCUAGGCUUAUAGGAAAAGAAGGAGGGGGGAUCCACACAGAUUUUUAGAACUGGAUCCUAAGUACAACAUGGGUGCAACUGGUUAUAUUUCCUUCCUUGUGCGUUGGAGGACAAUAUCUGCGCGAACGGAUUAUUCCGCGCAGCCUGCUCUCAGUCAGUCCCCAAGUCUGGACCUUCAGCCUAACUAAAAUGGCAUGAUUUCUUUCUCAGCCAGCUGUGCUAAGAAGCAACUCGGAGUGGUUUCGGUUGUCCGAACGCUCCCAGUAAAAGCAGUUGUGCAAGAGCAAAAUAAUCCCAGUUCCCCUAGGAGUGUCUCCUUAUUGUUUAGGAAGUCCUCUCUAGCCUGUUGGUUUCGGAACGAAAAACUAUCAGCAGACAUGAGCCCAUAAAGAUAACAUUGGUUUAUUCCAACGUCUUGAUUUCCCUUUUAGACUUUUUCAUCGAUGGAUUUCUCCCCUAAAAAAAAAUAAAAGUGGAAAGGUGGUUAAGCAUGUUGAGUGUGGCAUGCAAAAAUACUUUACAUUUUGAAGCUGAAAUAAUACUUUUGUAUAUAUUGUGGGUGUUUCCUCAUUUUUUAUUUUUUUUGCAUUUUGGAAUAGUCUUGUUUCACAGAAGCAAUUUUCAAAAGAACUACUCUUAUUAAACCAGUAACUUUUGCUGGGAUCAAAGAACAGCCUGGUGUAUUUUUUUAAAAAAAAAGUUAACUGGAGGUGUGGGGGGUGCAGUUUGUCUGUUUUUAAAAUAAACAUUCGGUUUGAUCUCCA